UUGAAGGAGUAAAAACCGGUCAGAAGCGUGGUGUGGAGUAGAGAUGUGUGACGGGUGUAUUGAGAUCUUUUAGUGGUGGAAGGGCGUAGGAGGAAAAUUCAGACUGAACCUUUAUAUCAUAACCUAAUCUGUGUACUCUGCUUUUGUGGGAGUUGCUGUCUGACAAGAAAUAUGUAUGAUAAUAGACAUAACAAGGAUACUAAUAAAUUGCUCAUAGACUUUCACAGUCCUUUACAAACACAAUUGGAAGAUGUAAAAUCUGGUCAUUUAAUACCAUUAAUUCCACCUUUACUUGGCCCAACAGAUUCUCCAAGUGAUGCACCAGCUUUCAGUCAGACUGUUUUAGUUGAUGAUAAUGAUUCUGAUGUGGACAAUAAUCCCUUUGACCUAGUUGUUCAUCAAACAAACUUGAAUAUUAGGAUGCUAAAUGAUCCCUUUGAACUAGUAUAUCAGAAAGCAUAUCAUAUACCAGCUAAUAUUUCUUGUGAAGUAAAUGGUAAAUGUGCAGAUCCAUAUGUGGCAAACACAAGUGUUAAAGAUGUUUAUACAGUUUCUGUGCCAGUUAAGACAGGUACAGCCUUACAAGAUAUUUGUAGAACUACAUCUGAUAAUUCUAAAGGAAACUCUAUUAAUUCUAAUGACGUGAUUCAGUUACUGGAGCAUUUGAAUGGAGAUAUUGAUGACUUUGGUACAGAUGAUUCAUUAAUUUGUAUCGAAGAUAUCACAGAUCCAACUGGAUGUAAGUUUCUAAGUCUGUCAGAUACUUCUGAUGCUUCAAAACAGUCAUUCACAACAGAAAGAAGAAAUGAAUCGAAUAAUUUAAAUAUCGCCAAAGGAACUGAUGUACGUCAGCUGGUAAAGGAUAACAAUGGAACUUCUCACACAAAAUGGAUGGAAGAUGGACAAAGUACUGAUGCAAAUAAUUUGUUUCCAAAUGUACAAAGUUCCCUCUGUAAAGAAUAUAAUGGGGAACAAAUUUUCUCCAAUGUAGGCCAUUCAGGUAUCAAAGCUGAAACGGGUAUAAUGUUAACAUCCCAAGAAGUUAUAAUAAAAUCUGAUUCUCACACUGAUGAAGAAUUAAAAGCUAUUGUUGCCACUAGAAUAAAUGCUUGCAUUCAAAAUGCUCUGGGGCAAUCAAAGAUGUUUACAAAAGAAAAUUACAUUUCUGAUCACAAUUCAGGCUCUCAUGUCACUGCUGCUACUCCAGAUAAGAAUAUAGUUGUGCCACACACAUAUUCACUUUCAUUUACCACUCUUGCAAUAGAGAAAACUGGUUUACCUGCAUCUAUAAAUAGUGAUGAAGGUGCAUCUCUUGAAACAUUGCAAAUGUUAUGUCAACAGGGAAAUGCAAAAUCAGUGAACAUUGGUAUGGCAUCUGGUCUGAAGACACCUCUGAAUAGAAUGAAAAUACCAACGCCUAAGAGGAGCAGUAGCAGUACUGUUAGUGUUGGUUCAUAUGGGGAACUCAAUAAAGCAUUCUGCACAGUUGCUUCAUUAAACACCUCUCCUGAUCUCUUAUGUGAUAGAUCAUUCUCAGAUGUUAGAGGAAUUAGUGAUGAUGGAGCUGUUCAGUUUCCUUCUGUUUCUGGUUCUGUAGAGAAAUUUUCUGCUCUAAAAUGUGCUAAUGACCAAUUAGAAGUAAAGGAAAAGGAUGCACUUGCUAGUUUUCUUAAUGAACCAUGCUGUUUCAGUUCAUAUGAACAAAGGAAUGUUGCAGCUAAUGGUAGAGCUAUUAAAGCAAUUAUGGAAACAGAUUGUGUGUUUGAUGGAGAAACACUAAAUACAGUAGGAAAGGAUAUACUUCACGUGGAAGAAACUGAUCAACAGAAACAUGAAUACAUGAAUCGAGUUCCUGGAAAUUGUUUGGAUACUGACAGGAAUGAUCCAAAGUGUACGCCUUCAGACAUCAAUGAUUACUUGGCAGGAAAUAUAUAUGUUAGAAGAUCGUUGCCAUCUUCAUGGUCUGUCAGUUCACCUUACAGUAACAAGAAUGAGGAGAUUGAUGGAGAUGACUCAUUGUGCAUGGAAGCAAAUACUUUGGCUUUUGUCUUCAGUAAUGUAGCAGACAGCUUCACUCAGUUAACUUCAAGUGAUGAGGAGGAAGAUCUCUUAACCUGUAAACCCCAGUGGGAGGUCUCUCAGCUGAAUUUACCAAAAUUCAAUUUAGAAGAGGAUGGUUCAGAGCAUGCAGAAAAGAACAACCUUCAAACUGGUGCUGAGAAAAAGAAAUGUGCAUAUGAAAGAAGUCAGAAGACAGGGUCAGCACAAAAUGAUGUGGCCCUAGAUGACAGAUGUGAACAUAAAAGAGCCACACCUCAAAAGAAAUUUGAUGUGAAUAAAAAUUCUGGAUGCAGUAGUACAUCCAGUGAAUCAUCUGUAACUUCGCCCUCAUCUAAGCGAAGUUCUAGCAGCUGCUCGGGCUCCUCAACACCACCUCUCUCUAAACAGAGAAUCCAAGGCCUUAGUCUGCAUACUCGUCUCUUAUCUUCAGUAGACAAGAAGUUGAACAGGGCUGUACCAAAUGUUGUUCUUCCACCACCAAUGAGUCUUACGGAUGACAAGGCAGGAAGAGAUACAAGAUUGAAACCUAAGAGAAAGCAGGAAGUUGGAAAACGAGGUCCAGUGAAAGCAGUUGUUCCAGUCAGUAACAUGACACGAGCGAGUGGGCUUGAAAAGAAAGGAGUGCAGGGAGAAGAUUAUGUACUUAAAGAUAAUUCGGUAGCUAUGGUCACUAGCACACCAAAGCCUUCGGUUAGGUCAUUACUUAAUCACAAGAGAGAAUCCAGCAAUACUCAGAUUCAGAAAAGGGAUGUGAAUCCUGCUGCAGUGUCUCAGCUUGAUUCAAGGACGGUUGCUACGAAGAAAGAAAGUUCUGGGAUUAACAGAUCAUUUACAGCGCUGUCCCAACCAAUGUGUGUUCCCAUUCUACGCCGUGCAAACUCUCUUACCAGUGGAAUUCCUUCUCUUGCAUCACUCUCUGUCAGUCUUCUAAAACAACCCUCCCAUUGUGAUAAUAAUCAUCCCCCUGUUGAUACCAGAGAUAAUUCAAAACCUCUCUUGAAUGUACAGCCUGCAUCCCCAAUUUGUAAGCAGCCAUCAUGCAACAUACCAACUCUUGGCUCUCAACAGAAAGGCAAACCAUCCAGUAGCAUUACAAAUUUCAAUCUGUCAGGUUUGGCAGUAACUUCCACUCCAACAAGAAAAGGCAGAUAUUCAUCUCCAAAUCGCAGUACUUUGAAAUGUUUAGCAUCUCCUAUUCCAAUUAGGGAUGUCAGAGAGAAGCAUACAUUGCAAACUCGAGCAUUUGAGAGUACUAGAACUGUUGUUCUGCCUGCCAAUAAAUCUGUAGAUAGUAUCCAACAGAAGGAAAAUACCAAACCAGUUCCUGAACAUCAUAGAAGAUCAAAAUCUGUGUCUAAUGUACAACCCCCAAAACAGAAGAAAACUUCACCGACACAAAACUACUUUGAUAAAUCUAAAAUUCAUACUUCAUCCAAUAAGUCUACGGCAUUUGGUAAUGGUCUCAGGAAAGACCAUUCAAAAUCGCCCAGUUUUCAGAAGGAUACUUCAAAACCUCUGGUGAUGAAAAAUCUAAACAACCAGUAUGCUGUAUACAAAGAAAAUUCAAAGAUGGAUUUAUCUGCACCUAUUUCUGGAAAUGAUCAAAAGAGGCCAAAACCAGUUUUACAGGCAUAUUCCAAACUGAAGAGAAGUACUGUGAUUCCAGCGGACAAGGAGAAUGUGAAUCCAUCAUGUGAAAUUCGCCUUUGAAGAUGCAUGAAUGAGUGUUGUUGAUAAUAUGGUAAUAUACUUGGAUUUAGUCCAUCAAUAUGCCAAUAGCUUUGCUGCAGUUAAUAAUGACAUUUAACAAAAAAUCACAUUCUGGUUGUACACUUUUAUGGAAAGAAACUGUCAGAAAUUUAAAGAUCUGAAAGUUUUAAAACUGAAAAUUUUUAAAUGAAUGAAAAAAGUAUGCAUUUACUUGUACCUACAUUUAGUACUGCGAACACAAUCUUGGUGCCAUCUGAAUUUAGUACUUUCUUAUGUAUAUAUGUAUUUCCAUAUUAUUAUAUAGUAUUCCUGAAUGCAGUAAAUAUUGAUGUAAUAAAAUUCUCCAUCACGUGCAGAAGUAAUUGAAUUGGUAUUAUGCCACUCAUUUCUCAGUAUUGCCAGAUUAUUAUAAUUUUGGAUCUAUAAUAACAAUAUAUGUAAUAUUAGUGACAGGUAUGGUUUUAUCCUUUUUGGAUGCUAUCUAUAUUAACUUAUAGGUUCUUUAGUUUAUUCUGAAUUUCUGUGUAAUAUGGAGACUGUUUUCAAACAUUUGAGGGAAUUCAUUAAGUAGCAAUCACAUGAUCCUGUUACAUAUAUCAGUAACUUGAUAAGGAAAACAUCUUUCAAAAUUCUGUGAUAUAUUUUAGCCCCACGACUGUUUUCAAACAUUUGAGGGAAUUCAUUAAGUAGCAAUCACAUGAUCCUGUUACAUAUAUCAGUAACUUGAUAAGGAAAACAUCUUUCAAAAUUCUGUGAUAUAUUUUAGCCCCACGACUUUUAUAUUCAGAAAGUAUUUAGUAUAUGAUGUGUGAAAGAAAUGGAAUUAGAUGGUCACCUCAUGAUUUCUGAUUAGAUCAAUAAGUAUUAGUCUGCACAACUUCAUCGUUGACAAUAUCUGGAGUUGCUGCUGCCGUCAUCUCAAAUGGAUUUUGAUUUAAGCAAAAUAUUGAAGAGAUAAUUAAAAUACAAUAUUCUGAAUGCUCUAAAUCAGGUCUAAGCAAGGCAUUAAUUGCAGUCUUCCAGUGGCCUAUGAACUAAUUUUGAGUAGAAUGCCAGUACAUUGAAUAGAGAUUACAAAUAUUUAGUUAUAAUUUGUAGAAAUUUCUGAAAUUGACUUCUGGAACCUGAUGAGUAAUGAAAAUUGUCAAAAUAUAAAAAUAGUGGCCUUCUACAUAACACCUGUCAACUAUAUUUAUUUACCUAUGGAAUGUGCUUUCUAGACAAUGAACAUUAGCAUGUCAGAAUACUGCUCCUGCCUUAGACAGGUACUUCAUCUUGCAUUUAAAGUUAGCAGUUAGUUAUUUACUAAUUAUCAAAAUUCACAGAAUUAGCAUAAUCAGUGAAGUGCAGUUCUUCAUCUUGUUAAUUAAACGUGUUUACAGAAUAUUUUUUGAAAAUAUGUUUCUAUUCUUAAAUCUUCAUGUUAGUAAAGUUUUAUGUUUUGAAUAUGUUGGUGUAAAUUCUAAAAUUAAAAUUAGUAUUUAAGCUUUAUGUUGCACUUAACCUAUGAAAUAUGUGCUUUUACGUGUUAUUAAGAAAACGUUAAAUAAAUGAGUGAACCAUAGAGUUCUGGCGAACUUUGAGCUAGCACUUGCCAUGCAAAUUCUGCCCAUCCCUGCUGUACAUAAAAAAUAACCAGAUCAAUUUAAGUUCUUUGGAAAAUAGAAUUAUUCCCCAAUCUGCAUGUAGUGCAGUGAACUCUUCAUUAUCUGACACACAUGGGGAAUUAACUAACUCCAUGGUCUUAGUCUGCAAGGGAACUAUACCGACUGAGUGACCGCCGCUUGUUGGCGAAGUU